AUGGCUCUCACAGACGCCGACAUCCAGCCCCAGAUGACACGCCGCAGACCGGGCCAGUCUGCCAUAACCACGCCGAGAAACGAGAAGGACCGUGUAGAGAUCCAGUCGGGCACCGAGUUUGGCAUCACGCUGGGCACGCCGAUUGGCCUGAAAGUCAUGAAUGAGAAUCAGAGGAAGCAGGACUAUGGCAACCAGACAAUGGACAUGUACCCCAGGCCAAGCCAUGCCGACUGGACGUACUUGGAGAAGUACGGUGUCAAGGCUAGCUCAGGCGGCGGCAGGAGCAGUGCGCGCGAGACGAUUGGCCGAGUCGCAGCUGGCGCAAUCGCAGAGAAGUACCUCCGCGAAGCGUACGGAAUCGAGAUUGUCUGUUUCACCGCCUCGAUCGGAAACGAGUUCCUCUUCCCUCCUACUCCCGAGCACCCCACCGCUACCACCAACCCCGAGUACCUCAAGCUCCUCGACACCAUCACUCGCGACAAGGUCGACGAGUUCCUGCCCGUCCGAUGUCCCGACGAGGAGGUCACGAGACGCAUGGAGGAUCUGAUUGCCAAAUACCGAGAUGCACAGGACAGCAUAGGCGGCACAGUGACGUGUGUGAUUAGGAACUGUCCAACCGGUCUCGGAGAGCCCUGCUUCGACAAGCUCGAGGCGAAACUGGCGCAUGCCAUGCUCUCCAUCCCAGCAACAAAGGGCUUUGAAAUCGGAUCAGGCUUCGGCGGCGCGCAACUCCCGGGCUCGGUUCACAACGACGCCUUCAUCAAGGCACCUGCCGUGCCCGCCGGCGAGAACCCGUCGGCAAACGUCCAGCGACCAAGACUCACCACCAAGACCAACAAUUCGGGCGGUAUCCAGGGCGGUAUCACCAACGGCGCGCCAAUCUACUUCAAUGUUGCGUUCAAGCCCCCUGCCACGAUUGGACAGGCGCAGACGACGGUAACAUACGACGAGAACGAUGGCGUGUUGGAAGCCAAGGGCCGGCACGACCCCUGCGUUGUACCUCGCGCGGUGCCUAUCGUGGAGACCAUGGCCGCGUUGGUAAUCAUCGAUGCCGUGUUGGCGCAACAGGCGAGGGCGGGAGCAAGAAGCCUGCUGCCUCCGUUGAAGGGCGUGACACCUGCGCGGAGCUAAGUGUGUGAGUAUGGGGAGAAUGCGUCUUGCUCAUCUUUAUUGGGUGGUACGCGAAGAUUAGACGGUAUCGCAAUGAAUUAGAAUUUGUAUGGACCA